CUGGGUUGUUUAUGCGCUUGGUUUCGUAAUUGUAUCUACUGACGAUGUAUAUAUUUCUCACCUAAAUGUGCUCGAGAACGAAUUAUGGCAUUGUCUCUUGUCAGAGCUAAGGCACUGCACGGAAAUUCGCAUUCACGUUUCUUCGCUAGCAUAUCGACCAUGAAGAAGGGAUUGGUGCUUGGUGUGUACGAGACUGAUGACGAGAACAAAGUUGCACUCACUUCGACAGCAGCCAAAUAUAAUGAGCUUGUUAAAGGCCAAUUGUGGAAAUACAUCCUGCUAGCAGGUCCAAAGAUUCCUAAAGGCCGAGCCAGAGUGUUUUGGGGCUUAGAUGAAACAAAUUACAGUGGAGUCGCGGUAGUCGGCCUGGGGAAGCAGGGUCUUGGUAUCAAUGAACUGGAAGAAAUUCACGAAGGAAAGGAGAACGUGCGCUCUGCUGCAGCAGCGGGUUGUCGUGCUUUAGAUGACGUCGAUAUAAAAGACAUCAAACUAGAGACAUUAGGCGAUGCAGAAGCUGCCGCUGAGGGAGCUGGUCUUUGUACGUGGCUUUAUCAAGGAUGCAAAAAUGAGGAGAAAAAGAAGAAGUUACCAAAGAUCUCUUUAUACGGAGAGGAAGGAGAGAUAGAAUGGCGAGUGGGUAUCAUCAAAGCUCAGGCACAAAACUGGGCUCGCCAACUCGCGGACACGCCUGCGAAUCUGAUGACACCUACAAUAUUCUCACAACAAGUCUUGGAAGUACUAACGCAUCUCGGGGUCGACGUUCAGAUGCACGAUAAAAAGUGGGCCGAGCAGAAAAAAAUGGGUUCAUUCCUCAGUGUCGCACGAGGAAGCUGUGAAUCGCCCAAAUUUCUCGAAAUCAGCUACAAGGGCGCCGAAAAUCCAAACGAAGCUCCGGUGACGUUUGUCGGCAAGGGAGUCACUUUCGACGCCGGUGGUAUUAGCCUCAAGCCGCCAUCGGAGAUGGACGAAAUGCGUGCCGACAUGAGCGGUGCCGCUUGCGUAGUCGCCACCAUUCGAGCUGCGGCGGAGUUGAAAUUGAAAAAAAAUAUUAUCGGGCUGAUACCGCUCACGGAAAAUUUACCAUCGGGACAUGCUACGAAGCCGGGCGACCUCGUACAGGCAAUGAACGGCAAGACCAUCAUCGUGGACAAUACUGACGCAGAAGGUAGACUGAUUCUCGCUGACGCACUUUGCUACGCUCAAGAGUUUAAUCCAAGAUUUAUCUUGGAUAUUGCUACGCUGACUGGUGCUAUAAGAGUUACACUAUCAAACGCCGCAACUGGAGUAUUCACCAACGACAGUAAUCUUUAUGAAACUUUGAGAAACGCCGGUACGAUAACUGGCGAUCGAGUAUGGAAACUUCCUCUGUGGCAACAUUUCACCGAUGAAGUAACGAAGAAAGUCAAGGGUGCUGAUUUAAAUAACGUCGCUAAGAGCAAGGGCGGUGGCUCUUGCACUGCUGCUGCUUUUUUGAGAGAAUUCGUCGGCAAGGAUAUACCGUGGAUGCAUCUUGAUAUAGCAAGCGUCAUGGGUCCCGCUUACGAUGAAUUGCCGUAUAUAUCAGCUGGAAUGACUGGCCGCCCAACCCGUACACUUAUACAAUUUUUACAGGCACUGUGUUAGGAUUUACGAAGAUAACAUACUUCGUAGAUUUGUAUGCGUGCGUGCGUGCGUGCGUGCGUGCGUGCGUGCGUGUUUUUAACACAGAAAAGUAUGUAUAUAACUAUACAUAUUAAACACGUAGAUGAAUCGUGCCUAGUACGGAGAGGAUUAUAUUAAAUAGUCUAUAUAAAUACGGCUUAGAACGACGUUUAUCAACGUUGAUGAACAUAUAAAUGUCUGCUACGACUUUGUAGCAACGUUUUAAUAAUUUGAUUAUCGCUAUAUAAUUCAGUUGCAAAUCCCAGC